GCCGCGCGCGCGGAGUCCUCCCACGUGCUAUAUCCGGUCCAUGCUCCUGUGCUCAGUCUCUUAUACCGCGUGGAGUAGAGAGGAGGGAAGAUGGCGGAGGGAGAAGGAUCAAAGAAGAAGUCCAAGAAGCGGAGGAGCCAAACCGCCGGGGAGAUCGCUGAUAUACAGCAUGAAGAAAGCUUUUUAAUUAAACCCGAGUCCAAAAUAGCCCAGCUGGACACAUCUCAGUGGCCGCUCUUACUCAAGAAUUUUGACAAGCUGAAUGUUCGGACGACGCACUACACUCCUAUUCCAUCAGGCUCCAAUCCCCUGAAAAGAGACAUUGCUGAGUAUAUUAAAACAGGAUUCAUCAACCUUGACAAACCAGCCAAUCCGUCAUCGCACGAGGUUGUAGCAUGGAUCCGCCGAAUUCUACGUGUGGAGAAAACGGGUCACAGCGGAACGUUGGACCCGAAGGUGACGGGCUGUUUGAUUGUCUGCAUCGACCGCGCAACUCGGCUUGUCAAAUCGCAGCAGAGUGCAGGCAAAGAAUAUGUUGGUAUUGUACGACUUCACAAUGCUCUGGAGAACGAGCUGCAGCUUUCACGGGCUCUGGAGACGCUCACCGGCGCCCUCUUUCAGAGACCUCCGCUAAUAGCUGCUGUGAAAAGACAGCUGCGUGUGAGAACGAUUUACGAGAGCAAACUCGUGGAAUAUGAUCCUGAGCGCCGACUAGGUAUAUUCUGGGUAAGCUGUGAAGCUGGAACAUACAUCCGUACUCUCUGCGUCCACAUGGGCUUGCUGCUCGGGGUUGGAGGACAGAUGCAGGAACUGCGCAGAGUUCGCUCGGGAGUUAUGGGUGAAAAGGAUAACCUUGUCACGAUGCAUGACGUGUUGGAUGCUCAGUGGCAGUAUGACAACAAUAAAGAUGAAACCUACCUUCGUAGGGUUGUCUUUCCACUAGAAAAGCUGAUGGUAUCCCAUAAAAGACUGGUUAUGAAGGACAGUGCGGUUAAUGCCAUAUGCUAUGGGGCAAAGAUCAUGCUGCCUGGACUUCUGAGAUAUGAAGAUGGCAUAGAAAUCAAUCAGGAUAUCGUGGUGGUCACAACCAAAGGAGAGGCAAUCUGCAUUGGUACUGCCCUUAUGACGACUGCGGUGAUCUCUACGUGUGACCAUGGUAUUGUUGCAAAGAUUAAACGCGUCAUUAUGGAGAGGGACAUUUAUCCACGCAAGUGGGGCCUGGGUCCUAAGGCAAGUCAGAAGAAAAUGAUGAUUCAGAAAGGUCUGCUGGACAAACACGGCAAAUCCAAUGAAAAUACUCCAAAUCAAUGGCGGGAUGAAUAUGUGGAUUACAGUGCCAGGGCGAAGCAACAACCACCAGCAACUCCUGCGCCAGAAACUCCUCCACCUUCUAAGAGAAAGCAUGCAAGUGAAUCGGACAGCGAAGCAGCAACUCCAAAGCCUACCAAAAAGAAAAAGAAAAAGCAGUCAGAGGAAGCGCCAGCCGAAGAAGAGGAAGUGGAGAUCAAGGAGGAGCCAGAGGAAGGUGAUGAGAGCGCUUCAGUAAAAAAGAAGAAGAAGAAAAAGCACCAAGAAGCACAAGAAGAGGAACAAGCCGUGUCAGAAGACUCUCCAAAGGUGAGCAAAAGUGCGAAGAAGAAAAAGAAGAAACACAGAGAAGAGGACUGAUCAGACUUUAUAAUGGAGUUCACCUUGGUGGACGACGUAUCGGGUCCUGUACUGCCAAGGCCUUGAUAUAAUACUCCUUGUCCUGUUUUAAGGAUUGUACAGUCUUCCUCGCUCCCCAUAUUUUUUUUUUUUUGUUUUUUUAAUUUGUUUGGGAUUACAAUAAGCUCUCUUUUUAUGUUUGACCAUGUACCAUAAAAGUCCGCCUGCAAUGUUUUUUUUUGCAUAUUUUAGUAAAAAUUACUAAAGUUUAAAA